CAGCUUCCUGACUCGCCCGACAAGAGCAAAAUUCUGCCCAUGUCAGACAUAAGAUAGCACAUAUUAGGCAGAAUCUGAACUUCAACUAGAUGGGGGUGCGGAUUCGAGUGAAUGGGGGUAUUAAAUCCUUCAUCUUCCUCCCCACUUGCGGGUGUUACUUGCACAGUCUGCAGCUACAGUAUGUACGCAAUUCACCAAGAUCAACCAAGGGAGUGCACUGCGGAGAGAGCAACUUCAGUGAAACUGACAGUCUACUUUGGUUAGUGAAGCUGAAGAAUUCUUGUCAUGGCCAGAUGAAAGAUGAACGUUUUAAAACUCUGUUUGGUGCCUUUGGAACAUUAACAGACUGCAUACUGAAGUUCACAAAGGAUGGAAAAUUUCGAAAAUUUGGAUUUGUUGGCUUCAAAACAGAAGAGGAAGCACAAGCUGCUUUAAAACACUUCAAUAAGAGCUACAUAGACACUUCUAGAAUUGCUGUGGAGUUUUGUAAAUCAUUUGGGGAUCCAGGUUUGUCCAGACCAUGGAGCAAACACUCGCAGAAAAAUCUAACUGGGCAACUUCCAGAAAAAGCAAAAGAACAGAAAAGUCAAACGGAACAAAAGAAGGAUAAGAAAAAGAAACCUAUCAUUGAAAAUCUGGAACAUCUGAAGGAAGAUGACGAGUUUGAGGAAUUUCUGGCUGUACACAAGAAACGUUCCAGUGCACCUACCUGGACUAAUGAUACCUUGCCAGCAAAGAAAGAAGAUGCUCAGAGGACGGCUGAUUAUCUGAACUUUGAUUCAGAAGAUUCUGAAGAACUAAGUGAGGAGGAGGAGGAAGAUAUCAAAGGAACAAGCAAACAAAAACAAACAAAGGAAAAUGUGGCAUUGAAAAAAGAAGUAUCUGACAUGGAUUACUUAAGAUCAAAAAUAGUUAAGGCUGAAGGCAAGUCUGAAAGUGAUGAUGAAUCUGAAGCCGAUGAAGAAAAUGAAGUAAAGCCAUCCACUGAAGGAAAUACACUAUUACAUACAGAUAGUGAUUGUGAAAGUAGAGAAAAAAAGCAGGAUAGCAAACUGGAGAGAUCAACAUCAGCACGGAGGAAGAAAAAGGAACUCGAGCAACAAAAGCACCAAAAUGAACCUACCACACUGUAUACUUUGAAACUGCGAGGGGCCCCCUUCAGUGUGAAAGAGAAACAUGUAAGAGAAUUCUUUGUUCCGACAAAACCUGUGGCUAUCCGAAUUAUCAAAAAUGCAAAUGGGAACACAACAGGUUAUAUAUUUGUUGAUUUUCAGUCAGAGGAUGAUCUUGAAAAGGCAUUGAAAAGAAAUAAAGAUUACAUGGGUGGAAGAUAUAUUGAACUUUUUAGGGAGAAUAAUGUUCAAAAAGCUAAAUCAGGUGGAAAAGAUGAUGAGCAAAAAUGGCUAAAGAGGGAAAAGAAAGAAGAUGAGGAGGAAGAGGAUCUCUCUGACUCGGGAAGAUUGUUUGUUCGAAACCUACCAUAUACCUGUACAGAAGAAGACUUGGAGAAAGUAUUUUCUGAAUAUGGACCGUUAUCGGAGAUUCAUUUUCCUAUAGACAGUCUGACCAAGAAACCAAAAGGCUUUGCCUUUAUCACUUUCAUGAUGCCUGAACAUGCUGUGAAGGCCUUUGCUGAACUUGAUGGUGAAGUGUUUCAGGGCAGGAUGAUGCACAUUUUACCAUCUACAGUAAAAAAAGAAAAGGCUGAAGAUAGUGAUACAAUAGGUUCUUCUACAUACAAGAGAAAUAAAGCAGCUAAAGACAAGGGCAGCAGUAACAGCUCGCACAACUGGAACACUUUAUUUAUGGGAACUAAUGCUGUUGCUGAUGCAAUAGCAGCAAAAUAUAAUGCUACAAAAAGUCAAGUACUCGAUCACGAAGGACAAGGCAGUGUUGCAGUCCGUAUGGCCCUGGGUGAAACGCAGAUUGUACAAGAGACCAGGCAGUUCUUGGUAGAUAAUGGAGUUAGCUUGGACUCUUUCAGUCAGGGUACUGGGAAGAGAAGUAAAACAGUUAUCCUUGUAAAGAAUAUUCCUGCAGGAACGCAAGUGGAUGAAUUAGAGAAAGUAUUUAAGAAAUAUGGAGACCUUGGGCGGGUUUUGCUUCCAGCAGCUGGUGUAACUGCCAUUGUGGAAUUCCUAGAACCUACAGAGGCCAAACAUGCAUUUACAAAACUUGCAUAUUCCAAGUUCCAGCAUGUUCCACUUUACCUGGAGUGGGCCCCAAUGGAUGUGUUCUGUAGCCCAAUCCUAGAAAUGAAGAACCCUGAAAAGAAACUGAGUGAUACAGCUCAAGGCGCCAAAGCAAAGGAUGAAAAUGAAGCCGAUGAUUUGAGUGAGGAUGAGGAAGAACGUAUUCCAGGAUGCACUUUAUUUGUGAAAAAUGUAAAUUUUUUAACAACUGAAGAAACCCUGAUGAAGGCGUUUGGCAAGUGUGGAUCAUUGAAAAGUUGCAGUAUUUCGAAGAAGAAAGACAAGACAGGUUCUCUUUUAUCAAUGGGAUAUGGUUUUGUGGAAUAUGCAAAACCAGAGUGUGCGAACAAAGCACUAAAACUGCUUCAGCAUUGUAUGGUGGAUGAUCAUCGGUUAGAGUUGAAGAUAUCAGACAGAGCUACAAUAUCUCUGAAUCCAGCUAGAAAAAUCCAAAAAGCAAAGAAACAAAAGGUCUCCAAAAUUCUGAUUCGAAAUAUCCCUUUCCAGGCAAAAGUGAAGGAAAUCCACGAGCUUUUCAGUACUUUUGGCGAAAUAAAGACUGUACGACUGCCUAAGAAAAUGGGUGGAACUGGUGCACACAGAGGCUUUGGAUUUGUAGACUUUCUCACUAAACAAGAUGCAAAGAAAGCCUUCAAUGCCCUUUGCCACAGCACUCACUUGUAUGGUCGACGAUUAGUACUAGAAUGGGCAGACUCUGAAGACACAGUGGAAACAUUGCGCAGAAAGACGGCUGAACAUUACUAUGAUUCUCCAAAAAAGAAGCGGUCAGAGAUCCUGGACGAAAUUAUGGAUGAAAUAGAAAAAAAAGACUAGAUCGCCGUUUAUCUAUUUGAAUGUAUAUCAUGAAUUGGUUAUAUUUGCUAUGCAAGAGAGACAGCCAUCAAAAACCUCAAGAACUGUAUCAUCAUGAACCAAUGAGAAAAAAACGAGGCCUUGGUCCCAUCAGCAAAUUGGAAGAAGUCAAAUGACCAUCUGUUUUGAUUUUGAAAUGUUCCUUGGCUGCAUUGUGAGAAACUCUUAAGUGCAAACAGUACAACCUGCAAAACUCUGAUAGAUAUCAGUGACUGUUUGCAGUCUAGUCAUAAAUCAUGAUGCAUGAAUGGCACACUCUACAACCUAUUGAGCAACAUUUGUGAAAAGUAGCGGCAGUGUAAUCGAUUUUUGAACUCCCAUCUCAAACUCAUGAUGAAAAACCGUUGUGCCAACUGGUUAUGUAUUCAUGGAAUACUAAAUAAACUUUAUGAGGUAAUUUGAAGUCUGACACAUAGUGACUGGAAGAUGAAAACUAAUAGCAGAAGAAAUCUUCCAUGCGCACGAAUAUUGUGCAGUUGUAUUGAUCUUGCUAUUGGAGAGAGAGAAUACGGUAACUUCUCUACAUCAGUCAUAAGUCUGAGAAUGUGGGUAGUCAGUGCUUUAUUGUUGGUUUUCAAGAUGAAUAGCAAAGAAUUUCACUGAAUUUCUAUCUUUGUAUGUUUUAAGUACAGUAAGUGGGAAACUUCCUAAUGAGUCAUUGCUAUUGUUAUGCUUAAGCUUGUAAAAUACUGUACCAUGUAUUUAUGAAACCUUCAUAUCUGAUACCAUUUUCUUAAAAAUAGGCUCUGCUUUUCCACAAAACUCAGUAAAGAUUCACAAUUUGCCAUA